AUGGGCAAGCUCCCAAUAAUCCCUGGACGUGAUACUCGUGACAACGCAAGCGGCGAGGAGGCGACGACAGCGGUGAUCGUCGGUGGUGCCGUGUCCAGCGGAUCACGUGACAGCGCUGAUCCGCGCCGAUGCGACGAUACGUCGAGAAGAUGCGCGGGCCGGAGAUCGGCGGGAGAUGGUGCGACCGGCCUGAGCGAUCCAGCGCGCCGGGAUCCCGGUGUGACGCGACCACGCAGGAAUACCACCUGGCACGGCGAUCGAGGCGAGAGCACCGCGGCCGAGGUGGCAGGACCCAACGGCGGCAAUGUCGACGCGUCGAGCGUGCUCGGGAUCGCCGGCCGCACUUGUUGCGCGGCCGACUCCCUUCAGGCGCGACGGCCUCGCGAUCGCCUAAUCCGCGCCGGUCCUAAUUCCAUCGAACGCCGAAGUCGGCGGAGCGGCAGCUCUAUCGGCGAUCAGAUGCUCCAUAGUACGGUGGAUAGUAUUGCGAUCGUCGAUGCAGAACGGUUCUCCGUGGCGCUCGCUAGUACCGUGAACGUUCCCGGGUGCGACGUCUCGCUCGAAGGUACCGCGAGUACCAGAUCGCCGAUAAGCGUCUUCGAGAGCCGAGGGCCGACCGGCGGCGGCGUUAACACGGAACGCGUCGGCGAUAGUAGCAUCGGCGAAUUUUCGGCGCAUCGGAGCGGACCGGUCGCCCGGCUGAUCGGUAUCGCCGAUUCUUCGUUCGCGAAACGAAACGGUUCCGCCAAAGAGGCGACCGACGGCACGACGGCCUCAUCGCGUCUCGUCCCCGACGAGUCGCGGCCGAGGCGGACCAGGACGUGUUGGGGAUUGCCGGCCGCGAGGAUCGCUUUCGUCUUACGAACUCUUCUGCUGGGGCUGCUCGCGAAGAGUUUGCUCUGCGACGCGGUACUGGGCGCUCCGUCGUCGACCUCGCUGACCGGCUUCGAGGACGACACAGAGAAGGGGCUGGUGAUGCCGGGGAACGAUCUCCGCGAAAGCGAACUCGAGAUCAUCCGCAGGAGCAUCGUGCAAGGUCUCGGGCUCCAGAGGAUACCUGAUGCUUCGAAGGCGAACGUGAGCCAGGUCGAGUACGAGAGAGCGCACAGAAAGUACCUGAAACAGCUGUCGCACGACGGGCAGGAGUCUAGAAAGCGGCGGAGCCUCCACGUAUUCGAACCUGCAGAGCAUCCUGUGAAUAGACGGGGCCUUACCGUCAACGAUGACGACAGCUGGAGAGGGAAUCACCGUCACUCUUUGUACUUUCCCGUUGCGGUUCCGGAUGAGGAGGAGGACGUCACGGUCGACCACGCGUCUCUGCGAUUCCUCUUACAAGGUGAUCACCGACGUCCGCGCAAGCUGGAAGUCCUGGCCUACCUUCGAACGCCGGUGUCGCGGCGUCUCCUCCUGCGGAACCGGAUCCCGCAGACGAGCUCGUCCAAGGACUCUCGUUGGCUGGAAUUGGAUUCCACUGAGGUCGCCGCGAUCUGGCUUGAGAAGGAUCCCGAAGAGAACCACGGCCUCGAGCUGGAGUUCCUACACGACGGCCAGCCGAUGCGCCGUGAGAUCUCCCACGCGAGGCUGAACGUUUUCACCACAUCGGACGACGACGGCGUUGCCGGUCGAAGACAGAAACGGUUUACACCCGAAGAGCUGCUGCAACGACACGUGCGGCGUAGCGAGUGUAAGGGCUACAACAACAAGAGGUGCUGCAGGCACGAGAUGACGGUGAUGUUCAAGGACCUGAAAGGCUUCGACUUCAUUGUUUUUCCGAAGAGCUUCGACGCGGGCUACUGCAAGGGUCGUUGUCCACCCUUGUAUAAUCCGGCGCAUCAUCACGCGCUGUUGCAGAGCCUGCUGUGGAAGGAGGACCGGAAGAGGGUGCCGAAGCCGUGCUGUGCGCCCAGCAAGCUCAACGAGCUGAUGGUCGUCUACUUCGACGAGAAGAAGCCCUCGGAGCUGCAGGUGUCCUACUGGCACAACAUCACGGUGGAGGAGUGCGCCUGCUCCUAAGCAAGCUGGAGGAGAAAGAGAGAGGAAGAGAAAGCGUAACAGUCUACCAUCGCCGAGGACUCACCAAAGAAUCGUCCGAAUUGUGGUUCGGUGCUGCCGCACGUAUUUGCGAUCAUGACGAGCCCCUCUCGCACAGGAAACUCGAGUUUUCUUCGAAUU